UUUCCAGUUUUAAUCCCAUUAAAACACUCUGUCCUUUCCCUGUAUUUCCAUUCCCUUUCUACUAACCAAAUCAUUCACCCUUCUUCCAAAAAACCCUCUUUUUCUUUUUCAUCUCCAAUUCAAAAAUGGUGUCAAAAAUCACCAGAAGAACCCCAACAAAAUCCAUCAAAGAUUGCCGUAAAAAUGGCCGCCGCAAAAGAACUCCGAUCAAAUCAUCUGCUUCUGUUGUAAUCGCCACCAUUAACGAAUCUUUCUUCACUUGUCGUCGCCGUCUCGUUAAAAUUUUCUCUAAAAUCGUCAAAAUUGCUACCCCUAAACGAAGCCCUAAAAAGCAAGGAUUCAAAAAACUCAAAAAAACCCCAAUCAAAUCCAAUGAAUUUCUAUUUCAUCAUCCGAUCCCUGAAUUCAAAAUUGCCAAACCCCUGUUCUUCGGCCUUCCACCAUUAGAAAACCCAGAAAAAAUCACUGUUUUUCUCGAUCUUGAUGAGACUUUAAUCCAUUCUAGUGCAGACCCACCAGCAAAAACCUUUGAUUUUGUUGUUCGCCCAACAAUUGAUGGAGAAACCAUGAAUUUUUAUGUGUUAAAAAGACCUGGGGUUGAUCAAUUUCUUGAGUUUUUAUCAAGGAGAUUCGAAAUUGUUGUGUUUACUGCAGGUUUGAGAGAGUAUGCUUCCCUUGUUCUCGAUGUUCUGGACAAAAAUAAGGUGAUAAAUCAUCGACUUUAUAGGGAUUCAUGCAGAGAAAUGGAUGGGAAAUAUAUCAAAGAUCUGGCUCAAAUGGGGAGAGAUUUAUGGAAGGUUGUUCUUGUUGAUGAUAAUCCAAAUUCAUAUGCAUAUCAACCAGAAAAUGCCAUUCAAAUUAAGCCUUUUGUUGAUGAUUUAAAUGAUAAUGAACUUAGCAAGUUGAUUCAAUUCUUUCAAGCUUCUGAAGGUGUUAAAGAUAUUAGGGAUGCUAUUAAGUUGUUUUCUAAUGUGACUGUUAAUCAACCAAAUUUAUUGGAUUAUUGAGUUUUUUUUAAUAGUAGGUUUCUUUUUCAUUUGUUUAUGGGCGGGAUAUAUUAACUACGAUGAUAGUUAGUUUUGCUUGAUUUGUUGUAAUGUUUUCAUUUUUGAUUUGGUUUUUUAGGAUUAAUUUCAUUGAACAUAUUUUGUUCAAUCAUGCAAUGAUUUUCAACAAGAAAUGAAAUUUCCCUUAUUUAA